AAUCCGUUAAAAAUUCAAUAUGAAACGAGUGUAAUAAGCUAAUAAAAAAUGCAUACAUACAGUUUCAUUCAUAUAGUUAAGUAUAUCAAUUUUAGAACAUAUAAACUCAAAGAUGACUUUCACUUGAAAAUGUAUUAAGAACUAUAUAACAAUUAGCCAAGAAACAAUAUUAAAUUAGCCAAACACGUCUAAAAGAUUUAGAACAAAUUAUAAAGCUUUGCUUUGUGCACGAACCAAGUAAUCCUGUUUUAAAUUUAUUAGCCUUAGACGACGAUAAAUAAGUAAAUUCGGUGUGCCCUACACGGAAAUGUCGGCCUAAGAAUUUUCCUACGGAUACUAUGGAUUUAUUUGAGGAAAGUAGUCGUUUAAAACCCGAACUUUAAUUAUACCCUUGAUUACCCUAAGAUUAACCUAGUGCUCGUGCGACGAAGAAGACGUUUUUGAUCUAGAUAUUUUGGUGCAAAUCAGCUAUGAGGUCGUUCAAUCUUUGUACGAUUUUAACACUCGCUCGUGUAUAGGAAAAUUUCAUGAGGAAACCGAUCUUAAACCCAAAAUCGUUCGUCAGGCUGUUCACCUACUUGCCUCUUAGAAAAAACAAAUGAUCACUAAACAGAUACAGACAUGUGAGAUCCUGACUUAGACGGUUUUAGCGCUACUGGUGGGAAAGGAACACGUGGCAGUCUAACCAUUAAAACGUAUAUGUUAUUUAUAUAUCAUAUGGCUACGCCUCAUAUUCCUGUUAGACCGAAAACUUAUGACGUACAAAAAAAAAACAAUGAAAGAUGUGGACAUCUGUAUAGCCUAAUAUAAUCAUAACCAUAUUGAUUGUAAUUUUAACGUUUCAAAAAACAAAUCUUUUUUUAUAGUAAGAAUAAUAUUAUUAAUACGAUUUAAAGCUAAAUUUAUUUACUUGGAAGUGUUGGAAUCUCAUAUAUGCUGUUCCUUGAAUGUAAUUAUUCAAUUCAAAGGCGACCUUUGGUAAGCAGUGAUGUUGAAAGUGUCGAAGUUGGAUUAUGAGAGUUCAGUCUACCCGGCUGACUAUUAAAGAGUUUCAAUGCCCCGGGUUGACCAUUAAAACCACACUUAAUAUUCAGCUUUGUGUUUGCAAAUACCACGAACAAAAAACCUAUAACCCGUUAAGAAUAAUACACAUAAACUCGAUUUUGGUGUUUCAUACUUUUGCCAUAUUAGAUUACUAUCUAUCAUAGCAAACAAUAAUUAAAUUCAUACAAAUAACGAAUUUAAUAUUAAACAUUAAGCAGGUGUAAUACGAGGUCAAAAUUUAUUAUUAAAAAAUGACAGUUAAAACAAACAGGUUUUAGUAUUGUCAAUAAUAAUAUUUGCUUUUUAUUUCAUGUGCGGUCUGCGUUCCUGGACAAUCAGUAUACUGCUAUGCACUGGGCUUGCAAACGAGGUGAUGAAAAUCUGGUGAAACUUUUAGCUGGCAUGCACCGUCACACGGUGAACGAACGUUCCAAUGGGGGUUACACACCACUUCACAUCGCUAUGCAAUUUCGACGUGAAAACGUGUACAGGCUGCUAGUAGAAGUCUAUAACGCGGACCCAAAUGUACGGGAUUGGUCGGGAAAAAAGCCCAGGCACUAUUUAGUUCAUAUGGAUACCUCUUUGUCUCCGGGCUCAUACAGAAGUUUGGAGAGGAAUUCUCAACACCAAACAUUACCGUCUCCAAGUAUUCAGAUUUCGCCAUAUAUACCUCAAUAUCUUUAUGCAUAUUCAAAAAAAGAGGGAUUUCUUCGCAUUGGCUCCCUAAACGUUCGCGUAAAGAAGACGACAGAGGCGUUCAGUAACUUCCUAGGUGUAGGUGCGACCAGGUCUUCAGCGUAUGUGCCGAAGUCAGCCCGAGAGAGAGAACUUGAUAGAAGAUCAGAUGAUAGUGAUCAGCUGAAAUCGUGGGGAUCGGCAGAUAAUAUACAGAAAGAAGACAAAAUGCUUCCACCAAUCAAUAGCAAGGUUCGUAGGCGCGGUGCGAGCGGGAGACGUGGUGUCGCGUCCCACAGCCGUAGUACGCCAUCUACGCCUGAUCAGCCUCGAGCACAAAUCGGUGUUGAUAAUGGUGAUUCGGAUUCCGAUACAGCAGCUGGAUUUCAUUCAGCAUGGAGACAACAGCGUGCGUCACAAAGCUAGAUUAAUAAGAAAAAAAAAGACACAUUUUUCUUAACCUUUUUUUGUAAUACUUUUGUUCAUGUAUGAGAUUAGAAGUUGCUUUUUUUUAAAGGAAAUCAAAUGUUAUAUGAAAAGUUAUUUUGUAUAUCUGAUUGUAAGUUAAAGCCGAAAUAAAGCAACUAAUAUAUAUUUUUUUAAUUACCAUAUUAGUUUAUUUUGCGGUUGUUACGUAACAAAUACAACAGUUAUUUUUAACAGCUUUUCCAAUUGUGAAUAUGGAUCCUAUUAUGUUCCGAUUCCAUAUGUUUGUGUAUUUAUAAAACGCAGCUAUUGUUUGUUUUAUUUCGGGUAAAUUUAUGAACAUUCCUUAGUAUUAAAUAAAUAAGUCAUAAAAUAUCACAAAAAACAUUAUUUGUAAGAUUUGAUUAUUUUAAUUGUUUAAAUCGAUCAAUUUAUGGUUAUAUGCUUUUAUUUUCGUACGUGAAAGAUUCCUUCGUAUACUUUUCUAUAUUUAUUUGUAAAAAUCAGACGUUAUAAGGAUCCAUCGCUAGGCUUCGAUCGCUAUAAUCGAGGGUUGUCUGGCAUUGAGUUUCUCCCUGUUCUAUAUAAAAAUACGCUUUAACUAGCACUUGUAUGAAAAAUAUUUCAUAUGGUGUUUUUCGGCACGCUUAUGACUACAUAUAUAUAUUUUCCUUUGUUAUAGCUGUCUCUUUUUCUUAGAUAUUGUUAGAGAAGGACAAUCCAAUUUUGCUGUGAGUUGUUAUAACGCCAUUAUUGCCUAGUGUUAAGAUGUAUUUCACAUAUGAAUGAAGUUCUAAGCAGUCUUAAGAAAAUUUACUUAUAUAUUACGGAACUAUACAUUCCUAUUUCACUCAAAUACUUGAGAUUAAUCUUAAAUUUUACAUAUUAUUGAUUUUAUUGUAAUAAUAAUUCUAAGUUCGGAGACAUUCCUGUGCUGUGUUUUAAACGUGUCUUUGAAGUUCCUUAGCUAAGACACUACUUUUAAUAUUGUUAUUGAACGCUAAACAACUAUUUAUUAGUAUUAUACUGUGACAAAGACAUUAAUUCGUCGUCAAGUAUUAUUUUUU